CGUUAUCAAAUAUGCCAUUGAUUUAAUGACAUGAGUGCAGUGCAGUGUGACUCUUGAUUCAAGAGAAGACGUUACCUCCUGCUACAAAAUCGUCCAAGUGCACAAUAAAAUAUGAAGAAGAUUGUGAUAUUCGGGUCCACAGGGAUGACUGGUCUCUGCGCCCUGGAGCAUGCUGUCAAAAAAGGUCUUCAGGUGCGAGUGCUCGUGCGUGACGAAUCAAAAAUUCCGGAUCAUUUGAGGGGAAAAGUUGAGGCCGUUGUCGGUGAUGUCAAGAACGCUGAGGAAGUUAAGAAUGCUGUUGCUGGCCAGGAGGGCGUCGUUGUGGUCCUAGGAACUCGGAAUGACUUGAGUCCAACGACAAUGAUGUCUGACGGCCUGAAAAACAUCAUCACUGCGAUGAAGACCAAUGGCAUAGAAGUGAUAUCUGUGUGCUUAUCAGCAUUCCUCUUUUAUCAACCUGAAAAAGUGCCAGCCAUUUUCAAGGAUAUCAAUGAUGAUCACGAGCGAAUGUUCAAGGCUCUGAAGGAGAGUGGCUUGAGCUGGAUCGCUGUUUUGCCCCCGCACAUUGCAGAGUCACCAAGUGGAAAUAUGUUGAUAAAAUAUGACGAAUCUCCUGGACGUGCGGUUUCAAAACACGAUCUGGGAAAAUUUCUAGUCGACAGCUUGGACCAACCAGAGCAUCACCAGAAAAUCUGUGGCAUCACAACAGCUUGAAACAUCUCCAAAAUCCCCACAUGUUCCUACCCAUUAGCUGAGCAUGUGAGUUCUUCCGGGAUACAGCAGCACCGUCUGUGGUAAGAAACGAUUUCUGGGCAUUGGUGGUGGGGGUGGUCCCGAAAUUUUAGGCAGUGGAUUAAUUUUUUUAAAUGGCAGCUGAUGUGACGGGACAACUCUAUCCAAUCCUGGCAUUAUAUCUGCAGUUUCGCAGAUCUUGUACCCAUUUUUGGAAUAAAAUUUUUCUUGACCUUU